AUGGCCGAAAGGCAGCAGUGGGGAGCCAAGCUGACAUGCACUAGUGGUGGUGACAGCAGCAGACUAGCUUAUGCCAGCUCACAGCAUGGCCAAAAGGAGGAAAACAAAACCGUCAUUACAGGCUUCAUCUUGCUGGGAUUUGGAGAUCAGCCUGAACUACAGAUUCUAUUUUUCUUACUGUUUUUUAUCAUUUAUUUUAUGACUAUGACUGGGAAUCUUCUCCUUGUUAUUUUGGUAGUGACUGAUAGACACCUUCAUAAUCCCAUGUAUUUUUUUCUGGGAAACUUAUCUUGUUUGGAGAUUUGUUAUACCUCAACCAUCUUGCCCAGAAUGCUGUCCAGCUUCGUAACAGGGAAUAGAAAUAUAACAUUUUCUGGUUGUUUUACUCAGUUGUAUUUAUUUGGGUUCCUGGUGACUACAGAAACAUGUCUUCUCUCUGUGAUGUCUUAUGAUAGGUAUUUAGCGAUUUGCCAACCACUACGCUAUCAUUUCUAUAUGAAUAAGGAGGUUUGUAUCUCUUUAGCAACUGGCUCUUGGGUAGGUGGUGGUUUUUCUGUCUCAAUAGUGGUCACAUGGAUGGCACAGUUAGCAUAUUGUGACUUCAAUUAUAUUGACCAUUUUUAUUGUGACUUUGUCCCUCUGAGUAAGUUAAUUUGUGGUGAUACUUCACUGUUUAUUGAAAUAGCCUUUCUGUUAUCUUCUAUAUUUACAUUUCCUUUAUUUAUGUUUACAAUUGCAUCUUACAUUUUCAUCAUCUUGGCCAUUUGGAGGAUUCCUUCAACAUUUGGGAGGCAAAAGGCAUUUUCCACUUGUUCUUCUCAUCUAAUUGUUGUCACCAUUUUCUAUGGAUCAUUAAUGAUUGUUUACCUUCUGCCAGAUGACUUACUAAUAAGAGGUUCAACCAAACUUUUCUCUCUAUUCUAUACCAUACUCAUCCCUAUGGUCAAUCCCCUCAUAUAUAGUUUGAGGAACAAGGAAGUGAAAGAAGCUUUGAAAAAACUACCCCAGAUAUUGCUGUUAGAUUUCUGUUUCUAA